AUGGAUAGCGAAGAAAUAUAGUAGAUUCAAGCAAUUAAUUUUAUUUCAGAGCAAAAUAAUGCUAAAGUUAUCAGUUGCUCUUCCGAGCUUAAAAAUGCUUAGGCAGCAAACAUUAUUUCUGCUAAUAGAAAAAGCAUUUGGAUGACUGAAGAAGGAAUGCCUUAAAGUGUUAUUAUCGAUAUUAGCAAAUUGGCUGACAGACCUAAAUUUUUCAAAUGUGUAGCAUUUGAUUGUUGGCAUGAUUAUAAAACAAACCCAUCUAUCAUUGAAUUUUUAGUAUCUACAGAUAAUGUCAAAGAAUAUAUCACUUGGUCUACGAUUUAUUUAGAGCUUAAAGAAGGUUUACAAGUAUUUCAAAUAGAUCCAUUAGGCAGAAGAUACGAUUUUAUUAAGAUUAUUGUAAAAGAAACUUAUGGCGGUGCUAAAACAUAUUUAAAUUAGGUUUUACUUUUUGAGGAAAAUCCUUUUGGAAAUAAGUAACCAGCUUCUUAAUAGUAAAUUUAAUCUAAUAAUUCUUAAGCACUUUUAAUGAGAAAUAAAUCAAAUGCUCAAGAUUUAAGCAUGAAUAUUGAGUCUGAAAUUGAUGAAAAAUUCUUUAAUCAAGCUCGCUUGAACAUUCCUAGGCCUUUUCCUAAUUAAAUGAGCAGCAGCAGUAGCAAUAAUUUGAAUAUAUAAAGUAAUAUUGGGACCACUUUGAACACUUAAGGGAAUACUUUGAAUACUUAACCUAAUUCUAUGAUUACACAAACAAAUUAAACUUUACCUGACUAAAAUUUAACCAGCAAUAUUCUGAAUCAACCUCACCCAGCAAAUCUGCCUUCAAUAAGCUAUCCUUCUUAUAAUAAUUCAGAUAGAAGGCUAAAGCACAAUAAUGUAAAUUCAAUAAAAAAGAGGAGCUUAGUUAGCAGUCCAAGUGAAGAGUUAUUACAUUACUAAGGAAAUGUGCAUCAAAGUGGGAAUAAUACAUAAUAAAGUUUAGCAAUGAAUGGAUAGUUUUUCCAUACUCCUUCACAUAGCAAUUACAAUUUGAAUAGCAAUCAUAAUCUGCAAAGCAAUCAAAUGGCUCAAUAGCCUUUAGAUUCGAUUUAAAAAUAAUUAUAUAACAUUUAGUAAUAAUCUAUGCCAGGUAGCAGUGCUAUCUAAUCAGUAAGAGGAAUGAAUAGCUUUCAACAAAAUUAACCUUAAAUUAUGAAUACCGAUUUAGACUAAAUCUAACAAAAUUUAAAUUUAAAAUUAUAAAAUAUGAAUAAAGAAAUAAUGCAGCUUUAAAAUGAAUAACCCAGUGAAGUUAUUAUGGAUAAUUCCAGUCUCACUCCAGUAAAUUAAGAUAAUUAUGCAGAAUUAUAGAAAUAGUUAUUUGGUCAGCCAAAUGUAAAUUAGCAAAACUAAUUGCAAAGAGAACCAAAUUUAAUGCAAGUUAAUUCUAAUUCUAACAAUAAUUUAUUUGAGAAAGUAAAUAACUCAGGCUACAAAUAGAUUAAUUUGAAUUAAUAAGAUGGAGGAUAACUUGUAAGUAAUAAAACAAGCUAAAUUAGUUAGAUCAACAAUAAUGCUCACAAUCAUAACAACAGCUAGCAUUCAAACAUCAACGCAAAUAUCCUCUUCGAAGAUAGCAACCAAAUACCUUCUCAUCUCCUCACUCAAUCUGAAAAAGAAGUCUUAGCUCUUAAAAAAAUGGUUUAAUCAUUGAAAGAAGAAAACUCUGCAAAAGACCACUAAAUUAAGAAACUAGAAUAAAUUGUAUAAAAUUUACAAUACACAUGCUAAAAUCUUGUGGAAAAAGUAGAGUCCUUAGAAAAUAAAUUUGAAAAUUUCAAAUAGCAAUUUAAAACAAGUUCAUCUUAUAGAAGAACCACCCAAACAGAAGAAAGAGAUGAUGAAAAAUAUAAUCAAUAUGUUUUGGAAACAAACUAAAAGCAGAACUUCCCCUUAAACUCUCCAUAAACCUUUGGCAAAAACUACUCUCACCAUUCAAAUAAUUAUGCCAACAAUAAUAACUCAGCUCAAAAAUACGGAGAUCAUCACAAUUAAACUGAAUAAGAUAUAUUGUAUGAAUAGUACGAUAGUUAAAAUGACAAAAUAAAUAAAUUAAUUGAAUAAAAGCUUGAAUAAUUUCAAAAAGUCAUUGUAAAUACGAUGAAAAAGAAUAUAUUACCGCAAGAAAAUGAGUAGCAAGAAUAUUAAUCAAAUGCGAUACCUGUAAGAGGAUAAUAAAACAGCUAAUUAAGACCUAAACAGCAAACUUAUUCAUAACAAGAGAACUUUGAUAAACAAAGAACUAAUAAAUCUAGGUAAAAUAGCAGUAAUUCGCGCUAAUAAAAAACAUAAGAUUACUAUCAGCCUCCUUCAUUUAAUUAAAAUAGCAGGAGUGAUAGCUAAUCAUAUUAAAGAUAGUCAUUUAAUUAAAAUAGUUAACCUAGUUAUACAAAUAAGAACAUGGGAAAUAGGUCAAAUAGUAAUCAUUCAUAGCAAAACAUAUAAAAAUCAUAUAGAUCUAUUUCAAAAUAAAACCAACAAGACUAUCAUGAUAUAAAUUAAGUUCCUCUAUAAUAAGUUCAGUCAAAUAAACAAUUUAAUACAGAACCUAAUCGCAAUCGCACAGAUAAUUCAUCCAAUCCUCGUGUUGUAAAACUUCUAGAAAAACUUUAAGAAAAGCUGACUAUAAGACAAAAAAAGGUUGAAUAAUUGAAUUCUGGUAAAAAAAGCAAAAAGGAUUACUAUGACAGAGAUUUUGAUGACAUAUCUGACAUACAAGAUGGAAUCAGUUCUGGCCAUCAUAGUAGAUUAUUUGAAUGA